CUCUCUCUCUCUCUCUCUCUCUCUCUCUCUCUCUCUCUCUUUCUUUCUUCUCUCCAAGCUUCUUUAAUGUCGGCCCUUCAGUGUCUCACUUUCCUCUUCUUGUUUCUUUUCCUUCUCCAAGACGCCACGUCAGCUUCACCCCUCCCUCUCCGCCGGAGACCGGUUCACAACAACAGCACUCACAGCAACUUCGCUAAGCAUCCACGACGAAGAGUAGUUUUUCCGGUGAACAGAAGUAGCUGCGACUUGUUCGCUGGCGAGUGGGUGCGGGACGAGACGUACCCACUUUACCGGACCGAGGAAUGCGGCAAAGGAAUGAUAGAUCCGGGAUUUGAUUGUCAGACUUACGGCAGACCUGACUCCGACUAUCUUAAGUUCCGGUGGAAACCUUUCAAUUGCGACGUCCCAAGGUUCAAUGGGGUGAAGUUUCUACAGAAAAUGAGAAACAAAACAGUAAUGUUUGUUGGUGAUUCGUUGGGUAGAAACCAAUGGGAGUCGUUGAUGUGUAUGAUCUCUUCAUCAGCACCGUUCAUUCGUACAAAUCUUAUUCAUGAAGAUCCUCUCUCUACCUUCAAGAUCCUUGAUUACAACGUUAAAGUGUCAUUCUAUAGAGCUCCUUAUCUUGUAGAGAGAAAAAAUUCACGGAAAGACAACUCUUAAUAUGAAAUAGAGCCUCAAAUUAGCUA